AUGUGGAAGUUUGUGGAUCGAAUGUUGCGUGAGAGUAUAGUCAUUGAUUGCGCAGAUUUAAAAGGGAUAAUUUCAUGGCUAUUAGAGCACAUGAGUUUUGGUAUACAAAGGUUAGAGUUUGCUGUGGGAUCAGCAUUCUGGACUAUGUCCAUGUCUCAUGCCUAUGUUCUUAAUGUCAUUUCUCUCAUUACGGUUUGCUGUUUGAAGGUGGAUCUUGUCAAAAGAUCAAAGAACAGAAUAAAAGAAGAGGGUGUCCCUAAUCGCAGCUUCUCUUUCCAGUUCCGCAACCAGUAUGACAAUGACGUCACAGUGUGGUCCCCACAGGGACGCCUGCACCAGGUGGAAUAUGCCAUGGAGGCAGUCAAACAAGGGUCGGCAACAGUAGGCGUAAAGAGUGCCACCCAUGCCGUCCUGGUGGCGCUUAAGAGGGCCUCCUCUGAGCUGGCUGCACAUCAGAAAAAGAUCAUGCCCAUUGACAAGCACAUUGCGGUGUCUAUCUCAGGUCUGACUGCAGAUGCACGUGUGUUGUCCAAAUUCAUGCGCACAGAAUGUCUUAACGAGCACUUCAGCCACAACCAAGCCCUGUCACUUAGCAAGCUGAUGCAACGUGUAGGAGCCAAGAUGCAAAUUGCUACUCAGCGAUAUGACAAGAGACCCUAUGGUGUUGGCCUCCUGGUAGCGGGCUUUGAUGAGGAUGGUCCUCACAUCUAUCAAACAUGCCCUUCUGCUAAUUAUUACGACUGUAAGGCCAUGGCAGUUGGGGCACGUUCACAGAGUGCUCGUACUUACCUUGAACGCCACUUAGAGGAAUUUUUGAGCGUCACUCGGGAUGAAUUAAUCCGCCAUGCCUUGAGAGCCCUCAGAGAUACGCUUCCUAAUGAUGUAGAACUAACUAACAAGAAUUGCAGCAUAGCUGUUGUGGGUGAGGGUGAGGAGUUGAGCAUCUAUGAUGAUGAAGACGUGAACCCCUACUUGGAGGGUCUGGACCAGGAAGAGAGGCGUGGGGGAGCAGGAACCAGCCGCGAGGCCCAGCCAGCAGAUGCUCCUGCUGAUGGUGAGGCUUCUGCAGACCAGCCUCCACCACCACCAACUGAUGAGCAGCCACAGGGUGAUUCUAUGGAGACUGACUAAGACGAAAGCAUGUUGGAAAAGCGCAUGGAGUUUCAUUAUAAGAGGAAGAGGUGGAUGACUUUCUAUAUCACCAGUGUUAACAUGCGGAAAGAUUGAGUUUUUCACUUAUAAAUUGAUUAUUUUCUCAUAACAUUUUUUGAAUUUUCAAGGUCAUCACGUAUUGUAUCUGAAUAAACAGUGAGCAAAG